CUUUGUAUUAAGAUGUCACCGCGGUGGAGGUUUACAUGCACCAGAGGAUUCUCCUGCAACAAACUCCGUUUUACUACGUUACCCUGUCGCUCGUUAUUAUGAAACAGUAAUUAUUAAAGGUUAUUCAGUUAAUUGGAUCCGCUUUAUGUGAUGAUGAUAAUGGUGUUGCAGGGAUUUUGCGCGGUUCCAACUAAACGUGUCAAUUGUAAUUAAUUAUCAUGUUUUAUAAAAAACAAUCAAAAGGAACUGAACAUUUUUUUAACUGGUGUGUAGUCUUGUGAUAGAGAUAUAUUAAGGUGUCUCUUGGCAUAUAAUGCCAUAGAUUAAAAUAAUUAGAAUAAUAGUACAGCAUAAACAGCCAAAACUGUACUAACAAGUGUUUCAGCUAAUACAGGAUGUCGGUUAAGGUGUGACUUUUUUCUUUGUCUAUUUAAUGUCAUGCACGUUGCAGCACCACUCAUAAAAGUUUUGGGUAAGCUGUGUGAGGAAAAAAAACUAUCUUGCAGCCUAUGAAGUCAUUUAUGUGGAACAUCUCAUACUUUUCUCACCCUGACCUCAGCAGCUCUCCACAUCCUCCUCCACCUGCUAAGUUUGGUGGGAGUCUAAAAUCACAUACACCACUUUUCAAUUUGCGUAAUCAAAACUGACACAAAUUGCUGUACAGCUUCUUUAAAACAUGGUGAUAUCGUGCUUUGCUGCUGGACUGUGUGUGUAUUAUCAAGCUGGAUUCCACAAUGCCUCAGUAUGUGUUUCUGUGUACCAGCUUGAGCCAAGCCGAGUGUAGCUAAUGAGCUGGAUCUGCGUCUGAGCUGGCGCUCUUGAGAGCGUUCUCCUCCUUAGCAUCUGUCAGCGCUGAUGUUGUCCAUCGCACUGAUAAUCUGUACUGCUGUGUGCUGAGAGAAAGUAGAGUUUGUAACUGGUAUCUGCUUUCCUGGCAGUGUGGUCAGCUGGAUUUUUGCCUUACACUUAUGUUUGUGAGUCAUAGGAUCAGCACCUGGGGUCUUACAGCUUUAAGCCUUCUUAUAUAUCUGUAGUCUUCCUUUCUGACCAAACCUUCAUUUACUUCACACAAUGGCCUCGAGACUGGAUGUAAAAUACAUCAAUGCCUACAUGUGUCUCUGCAGACCUCGAGCUGGCAUGACUCAGGAGGAUUCAUUCUCUUUCUGCUGACCUCUGGGAUUUAAUUCCCCAGAACACCCUACCGUUUUUUUGCCUUUCUUCAUUUUCUUUCUGAGGUCUUCAUCCUUGCAUCCUGUCCUGCAUAGCUGUCUCAGAUUCCACUAUCUCGCCACUUCUAACAUCAGCAACUGCUCCCAUAACCUGCAUUUCUUCAUUUUAGGAGCUUGGGUUUCAUUCCGAUAAAGAUUGCAAAGUAUCAUAUUGCACACAGAGGGAAGGCAACAAUGCUGCUCUCUGUUCUGUGGGAGUUUACGGAGCCAGAUCACAGCUGCUUUGUUGAAGCUUGACUGAAAUCCCCCAAGUAAAGUAUGCAUAAUAACUUCGAAACAUCUUACAUGACAUCACAUGCCAUGACAGAUCCUAACAGUCACUCUACACACAUGCAAACCUCUUACUCAAAAGAAUAAUACCUACUGAAAGUAUGGUAAAGAUUCAGCAAUACCAUCAGUUCAGACCUGUUCAACGCUUUAAAGUUCAGAACCUCUUCUGAGAAAUACCAGUAAGAAACCAACUGUAAAUUUUUACACUGUAAAGGUGUUUCUUCUGCUAAUUCCCCCAUGUGCACCAGUGUGAACAGUCCUCCCACUCUUCACUACUUUAUUAAGUAUCAAGUGUGAUAUUUGUGUAGAUGAGAGACGGGAAGAGUGACCACAAACAUGCUCAAAGUACUAGAAAUUUGAAUUUCACUCAGAGGUGUAAACUUUGUUCCUUCACAGUCUCUAACUUUAACAUUUCAGCUUUGUCUCUAGUAGAGAAGCAUGCCUGACCCUUUUUAAAGUCAGUUGCUAAUAAUUUUUGCUGAAAAAUCUGAUGUCAGAGACCGUGGACAGCACUUAAGACUGAUUCCUUAAAAACACCAAAGUAGCAUGAACAUAACUGCUCUAUGUGCGUGUUUGUGUCUGUGUGCAUCUUAUCAUCUGCUGCAUAUGUUUGCUGUUUUCACGUGCUGCAACUCAUAGCAGCUGUUAUGACUCACAGUCUGACUGUUGCUACUCUGAAAAUGCUUUCAUUUCUUCCAUUCAUAACUGACCUACUAACUGGGGGAACCACACUCUCCACAGAGUGCAUACUUGGUUGUACAUGUUUCAGCUACUAAAAGUCUGGGUGUAUCAGACCAGUGUGUUAAGCCUCUCAGUGCCAGAAAGCUGUAUUGUGUCUCAUUUAGAGUUUACUGCUAUUUAUUGCUUAGGAUACUGUUUUAGAUCAGCUAGGGUUAUAAACUGUUAUAAGAUCAUUGCUACUGCAAAGUGGACCAAAGACUACAUAGAUAUCUGUAAUUAGUUGGAAUACUGUAAUAAGAUUCCAUAUUUUACACUUUUAUUAUUAUUACAACAUUAAAUUUAAGUCAUAUCAGAUAUUUUCCUUUUGAAAUAGCCACUUUUUAGUUAAAAACAGAUUAAAAUAGGCCUGACAGAUAAAUGUCUGACUUUUUGUCCAUGCUUCUGCAUUAUUAUCCACAUAGAUGCAUUAAAAGUUGUAAAACCGACCAUAUAAAAACAUAUAGUUGUACUGUAAGAUUACCAAAGGAAUGUUGUUUUUUUAUGGCCCCCAAGUGGGCCUCCGCAUGAAAGAUAUACUAGAAAGGGUGGAUGCACAUAUGUUAACAUCCGAUGAGUGUUUGUCGGCAAGUGUUUUCGUGCUUGCGUGUGUUGAUAUGUACGCCCGUUUCCUAAAUACAUGGGGCCUGUGCUGGUUGUGUUAUAGCAGGAAACACAUGUUUUAAGCUGACAGGGCCAGAGAGAGAAAGAGGGGCGACUGCACUGAGCUGAACAGCUGCACAAAGGAAACAAAAAAGAAAGUAGUGUUUUGUUGUCGCCCUGCCAGUUAGGUUCCACUGGGGGGUUACAGCACAGGACAACAGGGUUUUUAUUUGUCAGAGUCAAGAACAGCCUCCAAGAGACCUGCGUUCUUAAUGCAAACAGAAGACCUCUGGAAAAACCAUGACCAGGUCACUGCAACUAAUAGUGCUCCUCUGUGCUCUCUGCUGCUGCCUAGCGGACAAUGUGGAGCUUCUCCGCACUAAGAGAGGGACUCGUUUUUACAGAGGUGAGCCUUACAGGCAGCCAGCCAGAGGGACGCUUUUGAUUAUUCAUGUCCAGAAGUCUUCACCUUCCACUGACACCUCCUUACUUUGCAUGGAUAGUGAGACGUCUGCUGUGCGUAGUUUUGGGGACACUUGGCUACAAUGGAAGGGGCAGCGUGUGGAGUACUGCCGUUGUGAUUUAGGAGGACGAGCGCGUUGUCAUAUUGUGCCCGUAAUCAACUGCUACGUGUCUCAGUGUUAUAAUGGAGGAACCUGCAAGGAAGCUGUGUACACUUCAGACUACAUCUGCCAGUGUCCCCGAGGCUUCACUGGGGCUCAGUGUGAGAUCAACACCAAUGAGAAGUGUGUUGUGGGGCAGGGUGAUGGGUACCGUGGCACCGCGAGUGUCAGCCAAUCAGGAGCAGAGUGCAUCAACUGGAACUCAACAUCUCUGAGAGGAAGGAGGUUCACGGCUCGAAAAACAGACGCCAUCAGCCUUGGACUGGGCAAUCACAACUUCUGCAGGAACCCUGACGGUGACAGCUCUCCCUGGUGUUACAUCUAUAAAGGCACACAGAUUGAAUGGGACUUCUGUUCUUUGCCCAGAUGUUCAGAAGAUAAGCACAGAGAAUGUGCGCUCGGCUCUGGCCAGCAAUACCGAGGCACAGCAUCUGUCACCAAGAGCGGCUCUCGCUGCCUCCCGUGGGACUCUCCCGCUGUCAAGCGCAAGAUGUACAAUGCUUGGAGAAUGGACGCAUUGGAGCUGGGACUGGGCAGCCACAGUUUUUGCAGAAAUCCAGACAAUGACGCAGGUCCAUGGUGUCACACCUACAAAAAUAUGAUUCUGACCUGGGAGCUGUGCGACGUACCAAAAUGCUCGAGACGUCCGCCUAUGCCCACUCUUGACCCGCGUGCUCCCACCACUAAUAACAAUAACAGAGGAACAUGUGGCAAGCGUUUAGACAACACUUUAUCCCAACCAUCGUUCCGCAUGUUUGGAGGCAGAGCGAGUGAAAUCACGGAGCAGCCGUGGCAGGCGGCCAUAAAUUUUUACCAACCCCGUCACAAAAAGCACUUUCAUCUAUGCGGAGGAAUCCUCAUUGAUUCCUGCUGGCUCCUGUCUGCUGCACACUGCUUUGAAGAAAGAAACGAUGUAAAUAAACUGCAAGUAAUUUUGGGGAGAACGUUUCGGAAACAGAACUCCAGCAGCGAGCAGAUUUUCAGCGUCGAGAAACUCUGGAUCCACGAGAAAUAUGACAAGGAAACAUACGACAAUGACAUCGCUAUUUUGAAACUUAAGACGGACGUUGGCAUCUGUGCUGUAAACUCUCCAGAAGUUCUUCCGGCGUGUCUGCCCGAACGUGGGCUGGUGCUGCCCGACUGGACUGAGUGUGAGAUCUCAGGCUACGGAAAAGACGCAGAAUUUUCUCCAGAGUAUUCUGACCGUGUUAAGAGAGGUUAUGUUCGCCUGUGGCCCAAAGAGCGCUGUGUCCCAGGGGUGCUGUCUGGACGCACAGUUACCUCAAACAUGCUGUGUGCUGGUGACACUCGAGGCCUGGACGACGCCUGCAAGGGAGACUCUGGUGGCCCGCUUGUCUGCAGAUACAAUGACAGGAUGACUCUGAUGGGUGUGAUCAGCUGGGGCGAUGGGUGUGGCCAGAAAGAUAAACCUGGAGUCUACACCCGUGUCACCAAUUACAUUGACUGGAUUAACAACAUAGUUAAAGCAAACCCGGUUUAAAUCAAAAGAAGAUGCAAAUGAGAUGCUGGAGACCAAACGCAGAGGGUGGAACAAAUAUGUUUAUCAUUAAGUUGAUAGACUGAGACACCCACUGGACUGUUGAGGGCUGGCUCUAGAUCCCACCAGACAGAAAGCUUAUGUGAUAAUUGCCAUUUCUACAGAGACACACACGAAAGACCUCAAUCGGGAGUUUUUGUGCUCCUGGGUUUUAUGUUCGUUACAGUCUUCAGUGUGAAAGUGAAAAGAUGAACUGAAAACACAUUUUUUACCUUCUUUCUGGGAGGUUUUAAAGCUGUUUCCCCCCCUGAGCACUGGCAGUUAACCUAUCUAGAUAAAUAGGAAAAAAUAUGGAUAUCCCUCUGCUUUUUGUGGUUGAUUUAUACUUGUUUAUACAAAAUGACACAGUGGCACGCUUAAGAUCAAAAGCACUUUUAAUCCUCACUCAAAUAGGCCUUUACUUUGCAGAGUACAGUGAAACACAUGGGGAUGUUUCUCCACAGGGCAUUUUAAAGUCCUUUGUCAGGAGGACUUGUCUUAUAGCUGAGAGAUACAUUUACUUAAUUAGUUUAAUGCAAAAUGUUCUGCAUUUGCUCACAAAAGGGCCUUCAUCCAAACCACAAUCUGCUGGUUCAGAUUCUGCUUGUUUUUGCAGAUUUUAAUAGUUUGGCACUCUGCUGUGUUGCGCUGUAGAUUUGAACUUGUGGGAGAAGGUAACAGGAAAUACUGCCUCAUUCUGGAAACCUGUGUCUUAGGAAGAGUUCAGCUGCACCUGGGCUGAGCCCAUACUUGUAUGUAACAUGUAUAUUAUAUAUUGUAUACUGCUUAUUGACUGCAAAACUCAAAUCUGUAAGAAACUCAUGUCUUUUGUGAGAAUCUGGAUUUUAGAAGUUUUGUAUUAAGUUAAUGUUCAUGUUUGUUUUAUAUUAUUUUGUAGAAAUCUAAAUAUCUUACUUAUCCCUGUAUUGCCACUUGAUAAUUUAUUGUUGCUUGAUAAUUGUUAUUGCCUUUCUACCAUAUUCAGUAAUACCAUUGUCAAUAAAUAACAUUUGAAAU